GCGGAGUACUACCGCUUCAAGGCCAUCCCCACGGCGGCCGCGCUGACGGCGGCGGCUGGCCGCGCCUGCGCCCGCAAGGGCUUGGCAGCGCCUGCCGGGCCCGCGGUGCCCAACGUUGCGGGGGGGAUGUUCGCGGCGGCCGCGCCGGCGGCGCCAGCGGCGGGCGUCCCCGCCGCGCUGCCUGGCGCAGCACCUGGCCCGGAGGCCGGCGGCCCCGGCGCCCUCGUGGCCGCGCUCCGGGGGCAUGCCGGCGGAGCCGCUGAAGGCGCGCUCGCACCGGCGCCAUCCCCAGCCGCCGCCGCUGCUGCCUGCGGCCUUGCCGCCCCUGUGGCCGAGGGGGCCCUCCUCGCGCCGGCGGGCCCCGCUGCGCCGGCCGCGGCACCGGCUGCGCCGGCGGCUGCCGCUGUCCCCGCCGCCGGCCCCCUCGCCGAGGGACUGGCGCCCGCGGGCCAGAGGGUGAUGCCGCCGCCCGCCAGCCCCGGCGGCGACGCCCGCAUCUUCGCCUUCGCGAGGGAUGUGCGAGGCGUGCGGCAUGCGGACAUCCGCAGCAUGGUGGCAUUGAUUGUCGAGCUUCCCUGGCCUGACUGGCCAGUGCGCGGGCCGCGCACGCUGCAGUGGGCGCUGCAGUUUUUGGCACAGCGGUCUGGGGCCCCGACGGCUCAUCAUCAGCGGUGGCUGGCAGAGACGGGGCUUGGUCCAGAGUCCCCAGGCGUGGAGAUCCACCAGAUGGGGUGCAUGGUCCUCGGGUCGGCCGUCACCUGUGACCAGGUGCACGCCACGAAUUUGGGGCAUCUGGAGCUCAUCGCUCGAUCGGCCCAGGUGCAGGAGGAGCGCCGCCGUGAGAUGGUGGCCCCGAGCGAGCCUGGCGCUGCGGACCGCGCCGUCAUGAUGGGCUCGCAGGAGCUCGGCGGGGCGGCCUGCGCGUGCCCCGCGUUGCGAGACCAUCUCGCGCAGGAGCUGCAGCGGGAGAUGGCGGUGGCGAAGGAGAGGAGGAAGGCGCGCGAGGAGCGCGCCCUCGCCGGGGGCGUGCCCGGCCAGCCUGAUCCCAACGGGGCCCUCCGGGAGCUCCUUGCUGGGUCGGCGCUGUACCCUGACGGCGGCGGGCCCACCUCUCCCUACGUGCCAGACCUCGUCUCCUGGCCGGAAGUGUCGCAGCCCCCCGCGCCGCUCCUUGGGCUGCUGGGCGAGCGAGACUCCGCCGCGCUGCGGGGGUGGAGGUGCCAAGUGCUUCGUGGGCCUGAGACGGCGCGGCAGCUUCGAGCGGAGGCAUGCCCGCAGGGCCCGUAUACGGAUCCUGCCUUGCUCCGUUCACCGCUGGACUACGCCUCCUUUCUCAGAGCGACGGUGGGGCGCAGCAUGCUCACCUUCUCCCCUUCGCAAGGGCGUCGGGGCAACAUGGGGAUUUUUCUCGUGCCAAAGAAGAGUGGUCAGCCCAGGGUCGUCUUCGACACUCGCCUGGCCAACUGCGCGUUCAUCGGUGCGCCCCGCACCCAGCUGCCGUCGGCAUCGGCUUGGGGGCGGCUCGAGUCGGGCGACGUUCGGUUCUCCAUUGCAUCGGCGGACCUCGACAUGGCCUUCUACCACAUGCGGGUCCCGGAGGGUAUGGAGGAGUACUUCACGUUGCCGCCGAUCCCCGCCAAGUAUCUCGCGUCGCACGGGAUCGCAGCGGCGGAGGUGGAGGGCGAGUCGCUUUUGUUGCCUCAGGUUGUCGUGCUGCCGAUGGGCUUCAGCUGGGCCCUGCACCUGUGCCAGGCGGUCCUUCAGACAUCCUUGGGUCGUGCAGGUUUCUCGCCUGGCGACCUGAUCCUUGACGGCCACUGCGGCUGCCAGCUCACCGACGACCCUGAUUCUGUCGUGGGUGCCGGCUACGUGGACAACUACUUCGUCCUCGGCGGCUCCCCGAAGACGGUGAGCGCACGGCUGCAGGCGAUCGCGGAUGUCUUGACGCGCCACGGGCUCGCUGUGCACGAGCUCGUGGCGCAUUCCCAGGACCGCGACUUCUUGGGGCUGUCGCUGCGCGAGGGGCGCUGGCUCAGCCCCAGGACCCGCAACAUCUGGAGGUCGCGCGCCGCCAUCCGCGCGGCGCUCCGGAGGCAUGUCAUCAGCGGCUUCUUGCUCCGCGUGCUGACGGGUCACAUCACCUGGGCGCUGCUGUUGCGGAGGGAGUUGCUGUGCAUCCUAGGGGCGGCCUACGCCUACAUCGAGGCCACCGGGCCAACUGCUGCCCCGCUCUGGCCCACCGUCCGCCACGAGCUCCAGCUAAUUCACGACCUGCUGCCGCUGUGCACGGCGGCAAGGAGUAGGACGGUCGGGCUCAACUUCGACGCUUCGGACGCGCCGCUCGGGGACGUCGUCGCUGAUCUCGGGGAUGACGCUCGUGUAUCUGGUGAUGGGAUCGAUGACUACUCGUUGUUCGUGGACGUCCAGGGCGGGGCCCUCGCAGGCCCGUGGGAGAUGCAGUCGCCAGGGCCCCCCAGGAACACCGACAAGUCGAUCCUGGACAUGCGACCUGCCGUGGACUUCGAUGAGGUGGCGGGCUGCUGGCUCAUGCGGCGGCUCGUGUCGCUGCUGGCGCUGUCCCAGAUGGCGGCGGGGGCUCGGCGGCUCUCCGCGCCGGCGCCGUCUGCUCUCCGCACCGAGCGGGCGCGCCAUGCGCGGGAGCUCGCGGCGGAGACGGCGACGGUCGCGGGCCCAUCAUUGCUGGAGCUUCUGGCGGUCAGGAGCUCGACCACGCGGCUCUACCGGGGAGCGCUUGCCAACUUCGUCGUGCACUGUGCCGGGCGCCGCCUGGAUUGGACGAGCCAUGCGGGCCUGGACCAGGCGCUGGUGGAGUUCAUGGACAGCGAGUUCCUCGUCGGCGGCGGCGGCGACCAGGGGAAUGUUCUCCUGGCGGCGGUGGCGCACUUCCUCGGCUCCUUCCACAAGCGGACCCCUGUGCUGUUGCCGAGGGCUCACCGAGCGGCAGCGGCCUGGGCACGGCGCGCCCCUGCGCGCACUCGACUGCCGCUGCCGCGCCGCGUGGUGUUCGCCUUGGCCGGCCUCCUGAUUCACGACGGCUUCCCCAGGCUGGCCAUUUGCAUCUUCGUCAUGUUCACCUCGUACCUCAGGCCAGGGGGGGCGGCGAAGCUCUGCGGUCGCCACCUCGUCGCCCCGUCCGAGGCGGCUGGCCCAGGCUACCAGUUCUUCGGGCUGCUCCUGCGCGAGAGCGGACAGGAGCCAGGCAAGACGGGGGUGAACGACGAGAGCAUCUUGUUCGACCGCGAGGCCUGGCUCACCCCGCUGCUGCUGGCUCCGAAGCUGUCCACGGCGCCCUCGGAGCCCCUGCG